AUACGUAGCAUAACUUCACCUUCAGAGAGCUCAGUUCCAGUAGUAGUCGAGAAUCCGUCAUCUUGCAUUUGUGAGAUGUAUGAGGAGCUUGUGGUCCUUUUCUAGCUUUCUCACAGAUUCUUCCGUUUAGAAGGUGUUGAACUAAGAGCGGCACUACUUUGGAGAUUAUCGAUAUAAAUAUUUUUGUUGCUGAUCUUCUGGAUCUUCUCGUGAGAGCUACUCCUUGUAAAUUCGAGUUCGUCGGCAAUGCCCGUGUGGGCCCUUAUUGGCGUUGCCCUUACGUGGCAGGCCAACGACGAUUGCAUCAAGCAUUUUGGAAUGUCGAUUCCGGAGUCGUUGUUACGUGUAGCCCAAAAGGGGCGCGAAGUCAUUCGGGAUAUUAACGACUCGAUGCGGUUUGAAUGGAGCAGUGAGUUCAAAACUCAUCGGGCUGGAGACCUUGAGUUUCUGCUUUCAGUUUCCCUCCGUAGUGAUCAAUCACGAGUGGAGCGAGACCCACACGAAGAGGAGGCUGAACAAGGACCCGGCCUACCAUCUUCGGGUACUGCGGAAACCUUCGCUGUCACGAACAGGAAAUCCGACACGAGCCGUAUGUGGAUCCACCACGCUGGCGUGCACUAUGCGUACCACCAGAGUUCUUUGCCUUCGGCUGUGAUGAUGGUGAUAAGUUCAUCGACGGCACUGACCACUUCAGCAGAAGACACCGCCUGGCAAUCUGCUGCUGUUUUUGAUGCCGGGCUUCUGAAUCCGCGCGCGCAACUCCAGAUGUACGACCGAAAAGUUCUGGCACUGCCAGCAGAUUUACCAGAAAGUAUCAGUACUGUAUUUACGUUUUGCUACUUUGGUACAGAUUCGACUUUCUUUCGUUUGCAUUUACAUAUUUGGUUUUUAUUUUUCGGAAGAGCCUACUAAUUUUAAUUUGUAUUUUUGAUUUUUCAGAGGACUCUCCGAACCAAGGAGAAACAAACAGAAUGAAUUUGCUCAACUCGUCCAAUCAUGCCAGGUCAACAUGACACCGGAGUCCUGCUCAUCCUCAACCGCGCUCGAAUUUCCGCAGUGGUGCCUCCAAAUGACACAACGCUGCCCUCCUGGUCCCGGAACAGCACGAAUAUUGGUGUUCUUGCGGAAGUUCCAGUUGCCGUCACCGAGCUUCUGCGCUCCUCGGAUGGCACAGUCACCUUGUUCUUGAACACGUGGGACCGCUUGUUACGUCUUCAAUCUGUUCAACAAGAACAAGUUCGUCGCCGGUAUGCCAUGCGGAAAAAUGAAGAGGUAGGACGAGACGAAGGUGAUGCAGAUUUAGGACUAGAGCUGGAGGAGCGCGUGGUCACUAGCGAACUGGUUCUGUCGUGGGACACUUUCUCGCUAACCAUGAUCCACAUGGUCAGAACAACCAGACGGCUUACGCCAGCAUCUGCGUCUGCCAGCGCAGCUUGUUGUGGACCAACAAAUAUUUAUCUGAUCACGCACAGCACUGGUUUACUGAAUGAGCACCAAACGACCUCGAAAUCGCAUUUCGUAGAUGACAGAAGAAAUGUUACGGUUACGGAUGGAGCCACGACAAAAUCUUGUACUAAGAGCGGCAGGGAACCCCAUGAAGAUGAUCGUGAGCGACAGGCUGGGAUGCUGGUACAAGUUCAAGAACCAGUGCUGGGAGUGGCAGGCGCGGCCGGCAUUUCUUGGCAGCAACUGCAACAGGAUUCCCCAGCGGUUCCAGUAGCUGCAACUGGGAAUAAUUCAAGUUCAACUACUCCUACUCGUACUCCAUCGGUGGAAAAAACUACUGGCACUGUCAUUCUUGCGAAUGCUGCUCCUGUGUCUUUUUUUUCACGCCUUUUUCGUCGGGCCCAGUGCGUGUCUUCAAGAAGUGCACCAAUUUGUUUUCGCAUGGAGGUCGUCCAUGGAUUCAACGUUCGGUCUGCUGUCCAACACUUUCGCUUGCCGCGGAGUACGCGCCGGAUAUUUCGAUUUCCUCGGGCUUCGAAGCACAGGCAUGACAGCACAUGGACCACGGGGGACAAAAGCAGUCGCAACAACGCCGGUUCCGAUCAGGCCAGCGCUGAGACCACGUCGAGCUCGAGCAACAUCAACGAAAUACUGCCCUCACCUCCUGUCACAAUCGACAGCGCGUUCACGAAGCAAGAGCCGCUGCAACGCGAGAGUCUUGGAGGACAGCAAGCACGGGUUGCUCUACUACACGAUGCUGACAUGCAACGGCCAGGGCUACUUGAAUCGGCAGCAACAGGAAGACGAGGACCUGCUCACGAGAAGGAAGAAAUCGCAGUGCCAUUGGCUAUAGCGGCAGAAGAACGCGCGAGCGAGAAGUCGUCCUCCCCCUUGUCGAAAAAUAACGAAAGCAAAAAUGGUGCUGAUGAUCGUGAUGAUGAUCUUCACGACGCACGCCGCAAGGACAAGGCUGCGAAACACGUCUUCAAAGACGGAGCCAGUCGUCAUGAAGUAGAUCAUGAUCCGAGUAUGGGCGCUGUCGUUCUUGACGACUCACGCACCACAGCAGAGAUGCGGAAACCGGUCGUACGCGUACCGGAAAUCACAAAGCAGCACAGAACCCCAGGCUACGCAGGGAUGGUCGAAGAGGAAGAUGGACAAGCCAAAAGAACCAAGCCGAGCCGGAAGAUGCUGCAGCACCAGCAGGGGUCUGAUGAUUCCGUUAUCUUCUUUCGUGAACAACAAAUGCAACAACUUGGAGUUGGACAGCGGCACUCCAGCGACGCAGAGGCAGAUGCUGUUGCUAGUGGAUUAAAGCAUGAAAACAUGUCAGACGUGCUCGGCCGAGAUGGAGAGGCAGUUAAGCUAGAUCACAGGAGUGGUCUUUACGAAGCGCAGCCCGCAGCUGCUCGAGCACCACCGCGGGACAGCAAGCACACAGCGAAUCGUGACUUCCUCAGAGACGACAACGACAAUAUACAGGAGUUCCAGACCGGCUGGUACAAGAUAAAUAAGUGUUAAUGUUGUCACCCUCAGGCGCAGCAUUUGCUGAGAUUGAGAUAUGAAUGAAAUAAGACGAAAUAUAUUGCCUGUUCACUCAAUGACAAUGAAUGCAUGUACGAAAUACGACAGCUGAUUUAUUUCGGUGAAUCCCAAGGAAAAUCAAUGUUUUAGAGCAAGCUCACAUCAACCCUCAUCCUUAAGUAAGCGUCGAAGAUAGAAGCUGUCCGGUUCGUUGGUUCUGACAUCCUGACCGAAAAGUCACGCUCCGUUGCAGCGCCCUCACUCGCAAGCUGGAGUGGGUGCGCUGACCAGUGAGUGCGGCGCGCGACAGCGCAGCGCGCCUGCCCGCGAUUCCCGACAAAGGGAUACGCCGCGCCGGUGCCGGUGACAAAAGGAUAUCCGAAAAAGGGCUUUGCCGUUGCGCGUUGCGGGCGGGGGAGCCCCAUAUUUGCUGGACCAGGGCGGGCGACAGUGCCGACGACGGACUCGUAGGAAAAGAUCUGGGUUUGGCGCGCCGGAGAUACGGACCUCCAACCGGCCGGUUUAUCCGUAGAUGAUAAGCAACCCCGGUGCCGGUGGGCAGUUUGUUAGCCAUGACCAUGAGGUUUGUGAUCCGCCCACUAUGUAUAAUUGCUUCCAUAUCCAUUCCGAGUCUUUCACGCCGCCGCUAGACGCAGCACAAGUAGAACCGUGCACAUGUCAGUCGGUCAUUUGGAGGUGAAGAUUACGCAGAGUAUUCGUUGUCGGAGAAGUUUAGAAAUUGCAGGGAGGGGGGUACUUCGUACUUGUGCGCGCGCAUGAGCAGGUAGAAGUCUAAACAUGACAGGGGGAGGUGCUUAUUUCUCGAAAAUUAGUACGGGAUCCGGUAUCGCUACUAGUAGUAUGAUUUAUGGAGGAUGUCAGUAUCACGAAGGCAAUGGCAAAAAUGAAAAUCAUAUAAAUAUUUUUUUUUUUUCAUUUUACAUCUGUUUCUCUCAGGUUUUCCUUCUCUCGGCCUUCUGUAUUCGCGCGGUUUUUCGGCUUCCUGGCAGGAUGUUUAGUCAUCAGUAUCCUUGUCUUCCUUGGAUGGAAUAAAUCCCAGAAGCAAAUAAACCUGAAGCUGAAGUGCGAACCUCAUGGAGUUGCGAGCGAAGAUCAGAAUGAGGAUCCGACAUCUGCAAGUCCCUUGCUUGAUUCGAGUUCUGCGUCAAAUGGCAAUGGGGCCGAGGCCCCUCGUUCUCAACAAGAACAUCGACAAGACCCGGCGGAGUCUGUCGACGGCCGACAGGAGGAGCGAACAAGCAACGGCGGGAUCAUGCUAUUGCUAGGAAACCAUCCCGCGCAUCCACUACAGUGGCAAGAUGAACGCCCAGAAGAAAAAGCAGGGCACGAGCACCCCAAGAACAAGGACGACGAAGCUGGAGCGAGAAAAGCGCACACGUCUGCGAUUUGUGCGAAUAGCUGCGCGAGUGGCGGCUGCAUUGGAGGACGGCCAGGCAAAGUGAAGGUCAACCGGGAGGUAAAUCCGAUCGAGGAGCAUCGACGGCUGCGGUACAUUCAGUCUCCAGCGAUGCCAAGAAACCCAAAAACAACUACACAUAAUCUUGGAUCCGAGAGCGAGUCGUCAGAGGAAGAGCAACUUGCUGCUGUUCCUCCCGUGGACCUUGGCGCGGCGUUCUUCACGAGGCCCUUGCCAGUUGGAAGCUUGUCAGAAAAGCGCGCACAAUCACUAGUCGAGGCGGCAGGCGAGGAGAUGACUCAUCAUCAGCACCGUGACGAAGACGACCAGCAGAAACAUAAAAUGAGCAUCAGUACGGAAAGUGCAGAUGCAGCAAUUCCACGCUGCUCCGGGGAAAGAGUCAUGAAACGUCGUGCAAAAACAAAGAAUGAACAGAAGAACAACAACGUGCUCAACACCACACAAGUAGCGGAAAACGGUCGAAGCGUAAGCGAGACAGAGGUAGCGCGAGCGCAGCGAGGACCUUGCUCCCUUGCGGAUGAUCUGUGGCUUGAUUUGGCCCGCAUGUUUUUCGCGACCAGCAAAGCGAGCCAAAAACAACAUCUACAGAGCACGGGUGACAUCAACGCUCAGCUGGUGGUGACAUUACCAGAACGUUACCGGGAUCAGUGGGACACGCAGACUGGUCCUUUUACUGACCAGGGCCCCGGAACCUUGACGCAGCUGUACAAGGACGGGAAGUGGUACAGACUGUCGUGGGUGAAAGGUAUCGGCGGGGAACAAGCCAGAGGCUUGAUUGCGCGUGUUCCGGCGACACACCGAUUGGCCAGCAAGGGAGGACAAGCUGUCGCUUUCUACCAGGGGACCCGAUCGGGACAAGUAUCGGCUGCGCUUUACAGAGACAUAGGCGUGAUCGGAGAGGAGCACAUCAAAGGAAAUCUUGUGCAAGCAGUGAGUUUCACUCCAGUCCUCGGGUGGGCCGCUACUGCAGAACUGCUGAAGAGAAAGCAAAACAGCGCCGGAAGUACACGAGAUAUCUUUUCUCCGGGGCGCGGCGGAGGAGAAUUGCUUGUCCAAGAUCGCUCUUCAUCUUCUUCAAGCGCCGGCGUUCAAGAAGAGCUGCAGACACCAGCAGCUAGUCGUGCCGCUAGCACUUGUUCUUCUACCAGCAGGACAAAAAAUGGGGCCUGCUCGCCGGCGGAAGCAACAGGAGGAAGUUCGAGACUAGCGGGCUAGGCUCUUAACCUGUUUUUCACGAAUGACAUCUUCUACUUCACGGCGGAGAUCAAGUUUUUGGAAUUUGACCUCUACAUUUUCUUUUUCAUGCUCUUGCAGACUGCUCUAUCUCUGAUUCUGAAGACGUGGUAGAGGGGUAGGCGCAACUAUUUUUUAUCGAUUUGAGUUUGGCUUUUACCUUUAGCUGCGGUCUGGGUAGUUUCUUUUGUAGAAAAUCAUUGCUUGUGAGUGUGACCCUUCUGACGUUGCCACCAGCUUCACACGUGGGCGACCUGAUCUGUACAAUGUCACUCUGAAGUGAAAUCUAACACUAUUGUGUACGCCUUUGCUGUCCUGUUCACGACGUUUACCUUUAGCUAUUAUUUAUCUCGCAGCGCAGUGCGGUCAGAAAUACUAAAGAAAAAAUAAUAUUAUUUAUAAAUAUUUUACAACCUGUCUAUCUAGUAAUUUGGAUUUUAAUUUUACAUAUUUUCAAAAGUUUCAGCUGGAUAACUCAAAAAUAACAUAAAUUCAAUCUAAUCAAGAGUGCUCGAAUGAAUCCGGAACAGCCUACACUCGGUUUCCUCUGCAAAGUUGUUUUCGCAAAAGAGGAUGCAGCUGCAAUGAAUGUUUCAGUUGUAAUUGAGUAUUAUGUUUCUCGAGCUCUUGGAGCAGCGGUCUCUGUUUUCGCUUUUUUUUCUGUGAUAUUCCCUGAAACUUACCUGUUUUAAUGGGACACUGGAGAUGUUCAUCUUCUUGUACAAGAUUUCAUUGCUUGACAAGUCUGUUUUAUAUUUCAUCGCGUCUUUAUCUACUAUACUACCUUAUCUGUUUUUUUUUCUCAUUUAUUUUUAAUCACAAGAUAUA